AUGGACUUCACAUUCCAUCCAGGAGUAAACGGGUCGGACCCGUGGGUAGAAUUCUAUCCAUACUACCCGUCUCGAGAAGCUGGAUAUGCCUUUAUGGCGCUGUUCGGCCUCUCCACGGUUGCACACUUUGUGCUCAUGAUUCCCUAUAAAGCAGCAUACUUUAUUCCCAUGGUGCUAGGGGGUAUAUGUGAGUUGCUUGAGAAGUCAUCGCAAGGCGAAACAUUCGGCUACUACGGCCGCGCCUGGUCCCACGAAUCUCGAACCAAUAUAGGCCCCUGGGCUCUGCAGGAAAUGCUCAUCAUGUGCGCGCCUCCCCUCAUCGCAGCGACCAUCUACAUGUUCCUCGGGCGAGUCAUCCGUUCCUUCGACGCCGAGCACCACGCGAGCAUCCGGCCUAAAUGGCUCACCCCGAUCUUCGUCCUCAACGAUAUCAUCACAUUCAUCACACAGAUAGCCGGCGCAGGCGUGCAAGUCACUGGAGAUGCGCACGUCAUGGACAUUGGCAAGAAAGCUACACUGGCAGGGUUGAUCUUCUCGCUGAUCGUGUUCUGCUUCUUCGUGUUAAUCGCAGCCGUGUUUCAUCGGCGAUGCAAUCGGGAUCCCACGUCUGUAUUGCUUCACAAUCCCAAUCUGAACUGGAAGCGGUACAUGUUGGCGUUGUAUAUCUCGUGUUUUGCGAUUAUGCUGCGCAACUUGAUCCGGUUGAUCCAGUUCGGGUCCGACAAGGAAUCCCCGUUGAACACCAAGGAGGCGUUUAUCUAUGUCUUCGAUGCGGUUCCAAUGCUCAUUUCUGUGGUCAUCCUGAUGGUGUACCAUCCGGGACUAUUGAUCAAGAGAGCACGGAACGCACAGAAGGGGGAGAUGCUGAUGGCGGAUCAGCACGCGAGCGAUGUCCCUUUGACGCAGUAUGCAGGGACGCGUGUGUAA